GGCGUCCUGAAACCUUCACUCGGUCCCAGUCAACGCUUGGAGUCCUUCGGGUGGACGAGCCGGCCCCGCAGCGUGGGCCAUUUCCGAGGCACGUGGUUUCCAAGGCCCCCGCCGGGACUGAGAAAAGUUUAUGGUUCUGAUCAUACCAGAAUGGUAUAGCAUUGCGGGAGGGCAGAAAGAAUCCGAGAUGCUGCGGCCACCCACAACAUCUGGCCUCCUCCAGAGCGAGCAUUCGUCGGAAGACCGGCGUUUCCCGAGAGACUCUUUCGAAUAGAUGCACGGUGUGGAAACAACCGACCGCAAAUCACAUGUCACCGCUGCACUCCCAGAAGACAGAAACGUCCAGCCACUUCUAAAGCUCCUGGGAUGUGCUUCUGCCUCUCAGACGGGUGUGCGCUCCCAGUCCCCGCACAGCCUCUAAUCCCUGCUUGGCGUCAUCGUCGCCCUCGGCAACACUCCCGGCCGGGAGUCCUGUCCCUUUAAGGCACCCUAGAGCCUAAGUCGUUUUGGUUUCGCGCGCCCGCCCGCAGCUCCGGCAGAGCGACCAUGGCCCGGGCGGCGCGCUUUGCGUGGGUUCUUGGCUUGAGCCGGUGCGCCCUGAGGGAGGGGUCGCUCACACGACCCUGGCCGCCAAUCUCGGCGCAGAGGUGGGCUGGCUUCACCAGGGCGGCGGCAGGGAGCCCGGGCCCCGCGGUCCGCAAGGGGAGCCCGCGGUUGCUGGGGGCGGCGGCGCUGGCCCUGGGCGGCGCGCUGGGGCUGUACCACACCGUGCGGUGGCACCUGCGCUCCCAGAACCUCCGCGCCGAGCGCCCGGCCGCACAGCUGUCCCCGUCCAGCCACCUGCAGCUGACCCUGUACCAGUACAAGACAUGUCCCUUCUGCAGCAAAGUCCGUGCCUUCCUCGACUUCCACUCCCUGCCCUAUCAGGUAGUGGAGGUGAACCCUGUCAGAAGGACUGAGAUCAAGUUCUCCUCCUACAGGAAGGUGCCCAUCUUGGUGGCCCAGGAAGGAGACAGCUCGCAACAGCUGAACGACUCCUCCGUCAUCAUCAGUGCUCUCAAGACACACCUGGUGUCAGGGCAGUCCCUGGAAGAGGUCAUCACCUAUUACCCACCCAUGAAGGCCAUGAACGAUCAGGGCAAGGAGGUGACCGAGUUCUGCAACAAGUACUGGCUCAUGCUGGAUGAGAAGGAGGCCCAGCGGAUGUAUGGCGGGAAGGAAGCCAGGACGGAGGAGAUGAAGUGGCGGCAGUGGGCAGACGACUGGCUGGUGCACCUCAUCUCUCCCAACGUCUACCGGACGCCCACCGAAGCCCUGGCUUCCUUUGACUACAUUGUCCGUGAGGGAAAGUUUGGGGCUGUGGAGGCCACCAUGGCCAAGUAUGUGGGCGCAGCGGCCAUGUACCUCAUCAGCAAGCGCCUCAAAAGCAGGCACCACCUGCAGGAUGAUGUACGUGCAGACCUCUAUGAGGCAGCCAACAAGUGGGUGACCGCAGUGGGCAAAGACCGGCCGUUCAUGGGGGGCCAGAAGCCUAAUCUUGCUGACCUGGCAGUGUAUGGUGUGCUGCGAGUGAUGGAGGGUCUGGAGGCCUUCGAUGACCUGAUGCGACACUCACGCAUCCAACCUUGGUACCUACGGAUGGAGCGGGCCAUUGAGGAAGCCCCAUCAAUGCAUUGAGUCCCCUGCAGCUGCAGAGACUAGCGCCGAGGGGUCAAGACCUCCCGACUAGCCCCUGGCCAUGCCAUAGGGGGCAGAGUCAUUUUGUCUCUGGUCCACCCAGCCCCCUGGCCCUCUACUGGACAUUACUAGGGUCCUUGCCACUGGAGACAAGGCCCAGGCUCACAGCUGUUCUGAGGGUUGCAGGUCAGGGGUUGCAGAGGACUGACUGCCUUCCAGCCCCAGUUCCAGGGGCCUGCUCUCAGCAGGGAUUCCUUUUCAGCUCCCCCAGGGCUCCUUGACUCCCUAUUAGCAAGGAUCAGACUGGCUCCCACCCUGGACCAGAGGAGGACAGUCUGCAUUAGGGAAAGCCCCAUUUCCUCGUUCCAGUUCUUCCCAGGUACCCCUGGGACUAUUGUAUUUCCAAUAAAGGAGAUGUCUGCUACUCCGCUCAGGCAGCUACUGUUCUGAGGUCUGGU